GGCCGAUGUGUCGGCCGCAGAAGGGCAAGGGUCGGAUUGAACGUUGCGUUGGAGGGGGGCAGGCGCGCACGAGGUAUACAGAGGAUCAAGAUGAGCCGGCGCUUUUCUUCUCAUGCGUGCGGUUCGAGCAAGUCAAUUCUCGCUUCCUCGAACACCCAUACUUGUGCAGGCAACUUUGCCCAGCCAGCCAGUCAUGCCUCUCAUCCCGCCUCGUCUUGACUUUGGACGGCUUUGCAACUUUCUCGACAUCAAAGACUUGAGAUUCACGUGAUUGACGCAGCAGAUCCUCAACCUUGUUUCCAUGGCGCCUCUAUGCUCACGCGCGCAUUCCACAAGUGUGCGCUUCGCCCCCCGUCUGUUCCUCUCUUGGACAAGCAGCAGUCCCCCCUUCCUCUAUCCGCCUCGUGGACGAUUGCAUGCCUUGAGUAAGCAUCAACGAUUUCCCUGCUCCAUCAAGCGAGAAGGCGCCAAAUCGCAUCGCAAUCACCACACGCCUCCUCAUCCAAUCAAAGUUGAAGUUGCCAUUCGUGAUGCUCUUCUUUCUUCCUCUCCCUUUGGCGCCAACCAACGCAUUUGCUUGUGCAUCGCAACGCCGCCGCCCCGCUCCAGGUCCACGAGGGUACCUCUACGAAAUUUGGAAUGCUCCGAGGGCAUCAACUUUCUCGAGAAGACGAAACAGACAAAAAAAAAAGACAUUUCCGUUACGACCCUUUGUCACGUUGCCCACGGCACGCCAUCACGAGUGCAUGGGUAGAAGGGGGGCGGGGGAAGAAUUUCGGGCAUGGGUGUCAAUGCUUCACGAAGAGUGCAGGUGCAGGUGCAGGGUCCCCACGCACGCAAUAUCAAGAAAAGGAAGAAAAAACAACCCCCGCAAGACUUUUGCCUCAUUGUGCAUGAAAACAUUGGACAAAGCUGCAAAGCUUGUGGCGCACGCACGUCAAAGAAAAGAAACUCUCAAGAUAAAAAACAAAGACUGUCUCUUUUGUUUUCUUUCGUUUUUUUUUUUCUCGCGAUGGUUUUGGCGCACGGCGCAGCUUUCUGCAAUGACCAUUCGUUUCCCCCCCCGCGCAAAAGUGCAAUUCGAUGAUGAGAUUUGCGUGUGGUGUGCAUGCGCGCGCCGCAUUCACGAUGGUAACACGAGAGGUGGGAGAAAGAAAGAGGCUUGGACAAAAUUAGACUUUCUACUUGCACUCCGUCAACCUACCUCCCUGCAGGCGUUGAGUCCGAGUCGCGCUUCGAAAGGAAGGGCGCAUCACAUCGCAAGUGCGCUCCGCUCCGCUUCUUUCCCUCCUACUCCCUCUCCUAGCAUCUUCGACCUGAUC